UACCAAUAUGGCGGAGGCUUCCUUAGGAAGUACAAGCCCAGUUGGCUCUUUGUCAUCGGAAGAUCACGAUUUUGACCCAACGGCAGAGAUGUUGGUCCACGACUACGACGACGAGCACACUUUAGAGGAAGAGGAGAUGCGAGAAGGGGAGUCCAAUGGGAGUUCGGAGAUCGCUGAUCUAGAGAAGGAGGGGAACAUGCCUUUGGAAGAGCUGCUCGCCUUGUAUCGGUAUGAACCAUCGGUCGAUCCUGUUGGAGGUUCGAGUGCAGACAGCUCUUCAGUCGAACUGACCGACGAGUUACCUGACAUGACAUUAGACAAGGAGGAGAUUGCUAAAGAUCUGCUGUCAGGAGAUGAUGAAGAAACUCAGUCUUCUGCUGAUGACCUCACGCCGUCAGUGACUUCACACGAAACUACAGAUUUCUUCCCCAGGACUUUGCGCUCCAACACUAUUUAUGACGGAGACAAAGAGUCUGAGGGUGAAGAAGAUGGUGUGAACACAGAGGACUCUCGAAAGGAAAUAAUGGUUGGAUCGCAGUAUCAAGCUGAAAUUCCACCCAUUACCUGCUAUAAUGAACAUGAGAAGGUUUAUGAGAAUGAAGAUCAAUUACUGUGGAAGCCUGACAUAAUACCGGAGUCUAAAGUAAAGGAGUAUUUGCAAGAAGUCUCCUUUUCAAGCGCUGAUGGUGCUGUAAGAGAUCGAAGGGGUCUCAUUAAAGACAACGAACAGGCUUUGUACGAGCUUGUUAAGUGCAACUACAAUGUGCAAGAAGCUCUUGAAAGGUAUCGCAGCAAAGAAAAGUCAUCAAAGGGUGAAAUGCUCCCGUGGACUGAAGAAGAAUGCAGAAACUUUGAACACGGUCUUCUUUUGUACGAGAAGAAUUUCCACCUUAUUCAGAAACACAAAGUACACACAAGGACUGUGGCAGAAUGUGUUGCGUUUUACUACAUGUGGAAAAAGUCUGAGCGGUUCGACUUCUUCGUCCAACAAAACCGGUUUGGAAAAAAGAAGUUUAGCAGCUAUCCUGGCGUAACGGACCUAAUGGACCGACUGGUGGAUGAAGCCGAAGGUCUUGUGGAUAGCUCGGGCUCGGUCUGUUCGAGCAGCAGUGGCAGGAUAGAGGCCUCAGCAGACCAGCAGCUAAAUAUCCUUAAUUCAAUCACAGCCAGCGAUCUCUCCGCACUAACCAGUAGUGUGGCAUCAGUCUGCAACCCCAGUGACGUGAGCUGCCUGGACUCGUAUAGCUUCUCGCCACUCGAUGGCCUCCACCGCGCUUCCCUAAGCCACAGCGAGCCGCUCAGUUUCUCUGGCAACAGUGACAGCGACUGCCUCAAUCUCCUGGACGCUGGCUUCUACCACUCGGAGCUAGGGCAACUGAACGUGUGUAGUGAGGAUUGCGAGAGGCCCCCCACUAAAAGGCUCAAGAUGGGCCUCCCCGAGCCCUUCCUCAACGAGCGCAGCAUGGCCGUGGACUUCACCAGCACCAAAAUGGCCGUCUCUGUUACUGACUUCAGCGAUUCAGGCAGCUACAUGGCAAGCCACGCGCUGCAUCAGCACACAGCGCUGCAGUCUGAAUGAAAAAUAAAAGUUCCACUUUACACUU